UCGUGACUGUUAAGGUUAGGACUUUUUCUUUCUCUUUUCCUUUCUCUGUGAAGGAGCAUAGAGCACAGGCAAGGAGUGACUAGCACUUGGGAGCAAUGUUGAAGAAGACUCAGCUACAAAUGGUGGAAGUCUUGAUAUUGGAGAUUGAAGAUCCGGGUUGCUUUUGGGUUACUGUAAAAGGAUGUGGGCCUUAUGCAGCCAAUGAAAUAGAAUAUAAAAACAUGAUUGCUGAAAUGAAUCAGUUUUAUAACAAAUCUUGUCGGGAUAUGGAUGAAAUAAAGCCCCUAACAUUAGAAGAAGGCCAGACAUGUGUGGUUUUUAGCAAGGAACUGAAGUGCUGGUGUAGAGCAGUUAUUAAGUCAAUCAUGUCCUGCACAGAUUAUUAUCUAGCAGAAUGUUUUCUUGUGGAUUAUGCCAAAUAUAUCUCUGUUAAAUCAAAAGACAUUCGAAUUGCAGUAGAUGCAUUUAUGCAAAUUCCAUACAGAGCAAAGCAAUGUGGACUGUAUCGCACAAAGCCAGUGACUUUGCAUAUUGACUUUUGUGAAGAUACUGCAAAAAUAAUACCAGCUAGAAGAUGGGAUUGUGCUGCUACUCAGUAUUUUCAAAGUCUUCUCAAAGCAACUACUGAAAUCAAAGCCCAGUUAUGUGCUAUUGAAGAUAACAAAUUUGAUGUUCUGCUUUAUGUGACAAUAAAAAAUGAAAAGGUAUGUGUUAAUGAUGACCUUGUCUCAAAGAGUUUUGCUCAUUUUGAAGAAAUUAAAGAGAUUACAGAGUGUCCUGCAAAUGAAGAGAGCCAGAGGUCGUUAAAUGUUGAGUAUCCUCUUGGACUGAAAAUUGCUCAUCCUCCACUUCCUUUUAGACCAGUACUGUUUCAGGAGAAGGUAUCCAAGAAUCUUGAAACAGGUCAUACUGUUUCCAGUUCCUUCCUUAUCAGGAAAGGACUGCAUAAUCACCACAUGUCAAGCACAAAUCUAAAUGGAAGCACUGAAUCUAUUGUCGAAGAAAUGCCAAGUUUGCCUUUUGAGGAAAACGCAGCUGUUCAUGUUCACACGGAUGUGAACAUGGGUCACACGAACAGACUUUUGCAGUUCUUAAAUUCUGAUCCUCUGAAGACUCACCUCAUUAGAGAAGACCAACAGUUUCAGAAUGUUCAGAACAUUAGUGCAGAAGAAAACUUUGUUUUUCUUAGCAACAAAAUUGAGCCAUCUACAAUUUUGGAAACAGCGCCACUUUUCGAUGAACUGAAAAAGGAACUUAUCCGGAAAAAUUUUUUGGGCCCUAACUUCACAGAAUCUUAUUGUUGGCCACCAAUAGCUCGAGGAUGUGAUGUACUUGCCAUCUCACAUCAGGGAAAUGAUCCUCUGUUAUAUAUUCCGCCAGUUCUUACGUUUUUGCAGUCAGAAAGUUGCUACAAAUACUUGCCGAAUAGGAGUGGACCAUUAGCAUUAAUUCUGUGUCCUGGAUGGAAGAAGGCACAACUUGUUUUUGAAUUAUUGAAAACAUACAGCAGAUGUUCCAGACCUCUUCAUCCCAUGUUGAUAAUAGUUGGGGAAAAAAAAGAAGAAGCUAGGGACAUUAAAAUCCAUCGAGGAUGUGAAGUUAUCGUGACUACACCAUACAGCCUCUUGAGACUGUUUGAACAUCACAGUUUAUUAUUUCUUAGACUUUGCCAUCUUAUUUUUGAUGAGAUUGAGGUGCUGUUCUCUGAAGCUAGUGAACAGGUUUUUACCCUACUAGAUUGUUACAGGAAAGCUAUAACUAUAGAAGAACGACUAUAUUCGCCACAUCAGAUCGUUGCUGUCGGAACUUGUUGGAAUAAGCAUUUAGCACAUUUACUAAAGGAGUUCAUGAAAGAUCCUUAUGUUGUGAUAACUGCUAUGGAAGAAGCUUCCAUAUAUGGAAAUGUCCAACAGGUUGUGCAGCUUUGCUUGAACAAUGAGAGAAUUGCUGUGUUGCUCAGAAUACUGGAUUUAACACCUAACCAUGUUGAAAAGAUGCUGAUAUUCACCAGUACAAGAAAUGAAGCAGAGAUGGUUCAUCAGGCACUGAGAAGCAAUUCGGUAUAUUCUGUGAAAAUACAUAAAGAAAGUGAGUUUAAUUUUGAAAAUGCUCUACAGCACUGGACAAAAAAAUGCACUUCUGGCAGUCGUGUUGUGUUAGUCUUAACAGAUGACUGCAUGCAGUCUUUGGGAAUUACGGAUGCAACUUGUGUGAUACAUUUCAGUUUUCCUUCUUCUCCAAGAAUCUUUGGUUGGCGUCUACAGAACAUGUCUGACAACUUCGAUAAUGUGGUAGAGAAGGGUGCUUGGGUAGAUCAGGAGUCAAAGGCAAGGUCAAUCUUACUACUGACAGAAAAUGAUGCCUGCCAUGCUCUUGGGGUCCUGCGCUAUUUGGAGCAUGCUGAAACUGAAAUCCCACGAGAACUUCAUGAUUUUACUGCCAGGGUGCUAGAAGCUGAAGAAGAGAAGAAGUUUGCAAGGCCACUCUGCACCUAUCUUAAAACACUUGGUAUUUGCAAGAAUAGGAGAGUGUGUGCAGAUCGUCAUCACAUUAAUGUACAAACAGAUAUGACAGAUAAAAUUAUAGCAACACCUGGGUGUGUGACAAUAUUGCCUCUCCAUAUUAUAAAUGCAACAAACUACUUUGGUCGCAUAAUAGAUAAACAAAAGGACCAAUAUGCAAUUCUUGCUGAAGAAAUCAAUGAUUAUUUUAAGAACCCCGGCAAUAAGGUCUGUGUUGAAAGGGUGGAAAGGCUAGCGUUGUAUGCAUUGUAUGAAGAAGCACUUUUUCACAGGGUUCAGGUGGUAGAGGUUUCCCCAAACAAAGAAGAAAAAUUAUUUUCUAAUGUUACCAUUAAAUACGUAGAUGAAGGCAGAAUAAGUCAAGUUGAGAGCCAUCAGCUGCUUCAGUUACCUGCAAGAUUUCAGUGUCUGCCACCUCAGGCUGUGGAAUUUAUAGUUUGUAGUGUGAAGCCCAUUGAUAAUGAAAUUGAAUGGAACCCAAGGGUUACUAGCCACAUUUAUCACAAAAUCAAAGGAAAUCCCCAUGAAGCAAAAGUAGUGCUAACUUUGGGAAAUACUAUUUGGGUUGACCCAAUGGUUCGAGUUACUAGGCUUUCAAAUUUGAAGACCUCUGUCAAUGAAUACAAUGUUCGAUCUGAGAUUUUGUCCAUGGGGCUAGGAACAGACAAUCCAGAACACAUAGAACAACUUCAGAAGCUGUGCAGACAUGUGAAGGUACCAGCUCAUGAGAAGAACCUGGGGGCUUUAUUAAAGAAGGAAAUGACCAGUCCACAAAAUAUGUGCAACUUGCAAAAUAUACAAGAAAACUCUAAUGAAAGCCGUAGUUCUUCCAAAAUGACUAUGGAGAAUCAUCCAUAUGAUGAUGUAGCUGAAAUUAAAGAAGCAGAAGACUCUACCCUUCAUCAGCAUAAAUGGUUUUAUCCAGAAAUAAAAUGGUUUCAGAACAAAGAAACUGUUACAGUGAAAGUUAAAAUAACAAGUAUAGCUGAUUAUAAAUGUGAAUUCUCUAAGGAGAAGGUGGUUUUCAGUGCUUUUUCGGGAGACAAAUCUUACUUGGCCGACAUGGAACUGCACCAGCCCAUACUUGCAGAGAAGUCUGUGUGUGUGAUUAAGGAUAAAGAGGCUGUUAUUGUCCUUGCAAAAGAGGAAAGAGAGCUCUGGUGCAAGCUGCUGAAAAAUAAGAAUCUUCAUGUGUCUUUGGAUUUUGAACACUGGGAAGAUUUUGAGGAUAAAGGCCCAUUUCCAGUUGGUAUUAAAAAGUUGCAUUAUGCUCAUGUGGUAACAGAAUGGAUGGACUCUUCAGAAGACAGUGAAACAGAAAGUGAUGAUUAAUUUGGAGAUAAAUUUCUCUCCUGUACUAAUAUUUAUGCUUCAAAAUACUGUUUCUAUUCUAUGAGUAUUUCCAGUCAAGUUGGUGAAACUAACUACACAGGUUGCAGAACUGUCCUUAAUUAUGUAGGAAGCAAAUAGUAAA